UGAGGGAACCUGUAAGGAAGAGUACAGAAAUUUCUUGUACAAGUGUCUUAGGAAGGCAGGAGGUCUCCGAGCAACGAUUCAGUGGGUUCUGGGGGGUGUUGGAUGGGUCUCUGAGAUUUCAAGGGCCUAUCCCAGGAGGGCUUGAGGGGUUGCUGAGGUCUCUGAGAAGAUGUGAGGAGCUCUUUGGAAAAACUGCAUCUCACAGAGGUCAUGAAGAGGAUCUUAAGGUUUAAGUCCGAUUCCCUGGUGGUGUGCGAGGUGGACCCAGAGCUAAAGGAAAAGCUGAGAAAAUUUCGCUUCAGAAAAGAGACGGACAAUGCGGCCAUAAUAAUGAAGGUGGAUAAAGACCGGCAGAUGGUGGUGCUCGAGGAAGAAUUUCAGAACAUUUCUCCAGAGGAACUAAAAACAGAGUUGCCAGAGAGACAGCCCAGGUUCGUGGUUUACAGCUACAAGUAUGUGCACGAGGAUGGUCGAGUGUCCUACCCUCUAUGCUUUAUCUUCUCCAGUCCUGUGGGUUGCAAGCCUGAACAGCAGAUGAUGUAUGCAGGGAGUAAGAAUAGACUGGUGCAGACUGCAGAGCUCACAAAGGUGUUUGAAAUCCGCACCACAGAAGACCUCACCGAGGCCUGGCUCCAAGAGAAGUUGUCCUUCUUUCGUUGACCUCUGGGCUGGGGAACGGAAUUCCUGAUGUCCCUGAAGAAACUGGGGACUGGGACCCCAAGAACUGGAACUCUGAGACCCUAAGGAAAUUAAAAUGCAGGAACACUCUCA